AUCUCAACUCACUAUGAUGGUUAAGGAGUAUUUGUUUGUUGAUAACAUGUAGUAGUUCGUAUCGACAACUGAACUGAAGCUGUAAUGCGAUGAUGUCAGGAGGAGGAGGAGUUCCUGUCUUCAACCUUGCUCCUAAUCUCAGCGUUUCAAAGCUGUGUUUGGGAACUAUGACUUUCGGUGAGCAAAACACGUUAUCUCAGUCUUUUCAGCUUCUCGACCAAGCCUUCCAUGCCGGAAUCAACUUUUUUGACUCCGCUGAAAUGUACCCAGUGCCCCAGCGUGGUGACACUUGUGGGAAGAGUGAGGAGUAUCUUGGCCGUUGGAUUAAACACCGAAAUAUCCCUCGGGACCGUCUCGUUCUUGCAACUAAGGUUGCUGGACCAUCAGGGCAGAUGACUUGGAUUAGAGGCGGCCCUAAAUGUUUGGAUGCCACCAAUAUUAUUCAAGCUAUAGAUAAUAGCAGUUUGUUGCGGAUGCAAUUGGAUUAUAUUGAUCUUUAUCAAAUUCAUUGGCCUGAUCGGUAUGUUCCAAUGUUUGGAGAAACUGAAUAUGAUCCCGACCGACAAUACUCUUCAAUUAGUAUAGAUGAACAACUUGAAGCUCUUAGCAAAGCAGUGAAUGCUGGGAAGAUCAGAUACAUUGGUCUAAGUAAUGAAACACCAUAUGGCUUGAUGAAGUUUAUUCGGGUUGCAGAAAAAUUCGCUUCCUACCCAAAAAUAGUUUCUUUGCAGAAUUCGUAUAGUCUGCUAUGUAGAACUUUUGAUUCUGCAAUGGCUGAGUGCUGCCACCAGGAGAGUAUUAGCUUGUUGGCAUACAGUCCCCUGGCAAUGGGUAUACUUUCAGGAAAAUAUCUUUCCCCUUCCGGUGGUCCGGCCGAUGCUCGGUUAAAUCUUUUUAAAGGGAAGUAUUCGGAAGGAGAAUCCAGAUACAACUUGUCCAAUAAAGCUAUACAGGCAGCUACUACGGAAUACCAUAAUAUUGCAAAAAAAUACGGUCUUCAUCCUGUAUCUCUUGCUAUAGCUUUUGUCUUGCGACACCCCCUCGUUGCUAGUGUCAUUUUUGGAGCUACCAAAUCAUGGCAGCUCCAGGAGGUUUUGAAUGCAUGCAAGGUCAAGCUCACAUCUGAAGUUAUUGAAGACAUUAACAAGAUUCAUUCAAGGUUUCCAAACCCAUGUCCCUGAAGAAUGCAAAUAAUUACACUAAAAAGUCUACACGUGGAGACAAAAAGACCAACACACAUUGUAAAAGGUUUACAUAUCUGCCAAAUCCAUGUCCAAUGUUAAAGUAGCUUUUAAUUCAAAAAAGUAUAUUUUUUUUGGAGCUAGAUUGAUGCCAGAAGCCAAACUACUUUAAGUCUGCAUAUGAGGCUCAUGCUUGAGCAAAGACAUUAGAUGAUUUAUUUUUGUUAAACUUUUAUUUCCGAUGUAAGUUUAAUAAAUAUUUUUCUUUUGCUAUCUUAUGUUGGACUUACAAGUUACAA